AUGGGAGACGAGCAGCAACAGGGAGAUCAACAUCCGGACAGGCGGUGGCUGCAGGAGUUCGGUGACGAAAUGAAGAAGGAAGUCGGCAGAAUGAUCAGCGCCAUCGGAACGCAGAAGAAGAAGAAGGAGAAGGAAGAGGACGAAAAGGCACCACGAGUUGCAUCGAAAGGAAUCCAAAAGAACUUGGACUUCAAUUACAAGCUCAAGAAUCUCCUGGCGAGAGCGGCUGAGGAGGAGACGUUGGAGGAAGGAGUGAAAGAAGUGCUUGAGAUGAUAAAGGUCAGGAACGCGGAACUCAUGUUGUUGGAUGCCGACCCGUCGCUGCUCCAAACGAAGGAAAAGCUGGAGGCGUUGAAAGCGAUUUCCGGAGGAGGGGACGGCACGCAGUCGGACAUGACGUCUCUUCUCCUACUGUCCCAGAUCAAUUCGAUCAAGGCCGGAAGCUCAUCCGAGAGCAAGAAGCGGAAGAUGGAACCGGACUUCGAACGCGGACGGUGGUUUCCGUAUGGGGGUGCCGCCAGAGGCCAUGGUGGUACCCGUCAAAACGGAGGCCGGGGAGCUGCGAGAGCAGGAGAGCAGAAGAAAACUAUCAAAUGUUUUCGGUGCAACGGAUUCGGGCACUACGCGUCCGAGUGUGAGCAAAGAAGGUGAGGGAUUCCCAGACAGAUUAGCGAGCUCCAUGGAAUUCUGGGAGAGGAAUUGUAGGACAGACUGGAUCUUGAGCGUAGUUCAAUCCGGGUUUCGGAUUCAGUUCGAUAGGAGUACGGUCCUACCGGAGCCCCAGGGCAUGAGACCUUCAGUAAAUAAACAUAGAGAAUUCGUGAUUGCAGAAAUUGAGAAAUUAAUCGAUCAGCGGGUGCUCGUCCUGUCCGCGGAGCAGCCAAGAUGCGUGUCGCCGCUUCAUGUGGUGGAGCAAGGUGAGAAAAAGAGAAUGAUUCUGGAUCUAAGUGAACUCAACAGGAGUCUCGCUCCUCCUCCUCGUUUCAAGUUUGAAAACCUAAAAACGGCGUGGCCCUUCCUAGAAAAAGCGAGAUUCGCAGCCACGUUUGACUUCAAAUCGGGAUACCACCACGUCAUGAUUCAUAGAGAUUCACAAGACCUGUUAGCUUUUUCCUUAUCUAACCCACCGGCGGCACCAUAUUUUUUGUUUAGGGGGUUACCAUUUGGCCUAGCAACAGCCCCCUGGCUGUUUACAAAACUAUUCAAGCCGUUAGUUCAUAAGUGGCGAGAGGGGGGAGUGAAAGUGAUACUGUACUUAGACGACGGGCUCAUUCUAGGCGAGACAGCAUCAGAAGUGGAAAAGGCGGUAGAGGUAGUUAGAAGAGACCUAGAAGAGGCAGGCGUGUGUGUGGCCGAAGAAAAAUCCUUUUGGACCCCGUCGCCACUGUUUAAGUGGUUAGGAUACAAGUGUGAUCUGAUCACGAGAGAGGUCCGUGGGACUGAGAGAAGGAUGGCCUCGUGGCGAGGCGCUCUGGAGGAGCUGAGGAGGAGCGUGGCUCCGUCGGUCCUGGACCGAAUGAAGUUCUUGGGAUGCCUGGCAUCAUUUGACAUCGUUGCAGGAGAUGUUGGAGUAGCAAGAGCGAGGCACAUGAUGCAGGUGGUCGGGGAGGCCCAGCGGAAGAACGAGGCAACGGCGGCGAGGAAGAGGAAGUCGAGAGGUGAGGAGAAAUAAUUACGUUUCUGGGAGCAAAGAGGUGAAGAAGUGCUGAGAAGGCAGAUAGAGGAGAGAGAGGUAAAAUUUGAUUGGUGCCUAUACACGGACGCUUCGGCGAAAGGAGCCGGGGCGGUGUUGAAAAGGAGCGACGAAGGAAAAAUUGUGUGGAAGAUGACAGAGAUGGGAGACGCGGAAUUUGAGAAGGAAUCGAGUGCGAUGAGAGAGCUGAGAGCGGUAGAGUGGGCAACAACCAAGUUAGCAGGAACGAUAGAGGGGAACAUUCAGGUGCUCGUGGACAGUCAGGCAGCUGUCAGUAUUCUGAGAAGGGGCUCCAUGAAAGCAGAAUUACAUGAGAUAGCGGAGAAGGUGUGGGGGAACCUGGAGAGAGUGGGGGAAUGCGUUUUUCUGUGGAUCCCGAGAGAGAUGAAUCGCGAAGCGGACGAGGCAAGCAGGAAUUUUGAUUUCGAUGAUUGGGGUAUAAAAGACAGGGUCUUUCUUCAAGCACAGAGGUUGUGGGGGAGAUUGGAAGUAGACUGGUUCGCAGACGCGAAAAACAGGAAGACGAGAGCAUUUUUUUCCAGAUACCCCGAGCCCGGAACGAGCGGAGUCAACGUGUUCGAUCACAUUGAGAGAGCAAAAUCGAUGGGAGCUGCUUGGUGGGUACCGCCCCCAAUACUUAUCCCAAAACUCAUAGGCGUGGCCAGAAAAGAAAGACUAAAAGGAGUAUUGGUGGCACCCAUUUGGAGAAGCCACUCAUCUUAUCAGGCGCUAGUGGACAGUAAGGGGGAUUUUAUUCAGGCAAUUAAAGACUAUCUGAUCUAUGAGAAAAAUGACGGAAUAUUCAUUCCAGGCGAAGGUUCCAGCUAUUGCGAGGCAACAAAUUCAAAAUUUUGUAGAUCGGAAUUCAUACUAGCGCUAUUAGAUUUCAAGUAAGGAAUAGUCCCCGGGCUUUGCACUGAUUCUACCUAACUAAUCCGAAAAAACCUAAUCUUGUCGAAUGAAGGCUGUUUGAUGGACCUUUUUCGAAGUGAGGAAGCAGAAAAACAUAUUCUCUCGAAGCGCAGAGAAGAGAGAAUAGUAUGUUUUUCGUUGACAAACUGAGAAAAAGGUCGCGCGCGGCGAGCGAACUUUCAAGGCGCAGCUAUUUUUAGGAGCGGCGGGUCCCGAAGCGAAUUGAGAGAACGGCUGAGAGGGGCGAAAUUUAGGUUCGAAACGCCAUUCUACGGAAUUAACGAGUCCCCCGGCCCGCCCACCCACAAAAAGGAAGAGAAGUUAUAUGUUGAAUUGUUGCAGAAGGAGAAAAGCGGCAGUACGUCGAGAAACUCGGGAUGCAAGCAGGCCCAGGCCUUCAGCACCUCGUCGAAAUGUUGACGGACAUGCCCUAUCGUUCGAAAGCUACAUCCACGGCAAAGGCAUAUCGAGCUGAAAAUGAGAGGAGGAGUGAAUGGAUAAAGGAGAAGAACCUUCCAAAAAACGAGUCGUCCUUCCUACUAUACUUGCUCGAAAGGGCGACGGAAAUCGGAAGCAGCGCUCUGGCGAGGAUCUCGGCGGCUUACCAAGCGGCGAACGACGGGAUCUCAAGGAUCGGAGCGACUUUUGUGGCGGACGUCAUAAAGGCGAAACGCAGGCUGGAGUGCCCCGUGAAGAAGAAGCCGAUAGAGGUGACGAUCGACGACGUCGAGAAGAUCACGAAGAUCGCGAUGCAAUCCAACAGCCCCACGUGCGACAGAGAUGCCUUGUUGGCAAUUUUGUCGUUCCACGUGAUGCUUCGAGCUUCAGAGGCGGAGGAGAUCAGAUGGGACGACGUCAUUCAGUCAGGAGAUCUGAUCGAAGUAGUCGUGAGGAGGGCCAAAAACGACCAGAUGGGGCUGGGACGAUCGUCGUUCUUCCACUACACGCCGGGCAGCGACGCAGACAUCUUGAUGUGCCGGUGGCGAUUGAGGAAUAAAAAGAGGACGUGCGAAUACGUGUUCUCAAACGCGGAUGGCUCGAGAAGGCUCACGAAGCAAUCAAUUUCGGCGGCGGCGACGAAGAUGCUCAAGUUGGUCGGGAAAGCAGGAGCGACGCAUCACGGAUUCCGGAGAGGAGGAGCAAACCACUUGCGAGCACAAGGGCACUCGUUGGAGGAGAUCCGUACGAGAGGGCGUUGGAGAUCUAUGGCUGGCCUUCAAAGAUAUCUGAAGGACAUCCCGGAGGCGCAAGGAUGCAAGUCGACGAUGCGAACGCGUGGAGGUCUGGAGGAACUCGAGGAGUCCGACGAGGAAUAA